GGGCGGGGAUGAGGCCGUUAUCGCUUCUCGGCCUUUUGGCUAAGAUCAAGUGUAGUAUCUGUUCUUAUCAGUUUAAUAUCUGAUACGUCCUCUAUCCGAGGACAAUAUAUUAAAUGGAUUUUUGGAGCUGGGAGAUGGAAUAGGAGCUUGCUCCGUCCACUCCACGCAUCGACCUGGUAUUGCAGUACUUCCAGGAACGGUGCACCCUCCCCCCGGGGGGAACUAUGGUUAUGAAAAAAUAGGCUUUAUGGAUUUUAGAUGGAAAAAAAAUUAUUUUACUUUUAGCGAUGUUUGUUUUAGUGGAGAAGAUUAAAGGCUUAUUGGGAAAAGCGUGCUUUUACGUGAUUAGUUCAAGAAACCGCUUUUUUGCAGUUAGUUUUUUUUGUGGGGCGUUAUUGUUUUAUAGGUUUUUUUUUUUUUAAGAGGAGUGUUUGGGGGUUUUAACUAGCUGAAGGUGAAACAAAGAAGGCUGGCGUUUUUCCUGUGAGUUUUAUCUGACUUUUUCCACUAGGUCAGCUUACCGUGGGAGCUUUUGGAACGGAAGGUGGAAUACUUGGCACUGUUGUCUAUCAUAGUGAAAGUGGCGGAAGACCAGCCGGUGUCUCGUUGUGUUGCGCGCAGAGUCAGUAUUUAACAAUCUUUGUAUGUGGACUUGGUAUUACUGUACUUUUAGGAACGGUGGCCUGGUGGCACGCUAGCUAAGCUCUCGGCUGCUAACCAAAAUGUCGGCGGUUUGAAGCCACCAGCUGCUCAUCCGGGGAAGAAUGAUGUGGGAAUCCGCUUCCGUAAACAUCGCAGCCUUGGAAACCCAAUGGGGCAGUUCUACUCCGUCCUGGAGGGUCGCCAUGAGUCGGAAUUAACUCCACGGCAACAGCAAAAAAAGCUGGAGCGGGUAGGGGAUCAACACAUUUCCGGAUCUUUAAACUCCCGUAACCUGCAUUUGUCUGGACCGGACGCGGCGCCCACUGGUGACGCAAACACCGCGCCGGAAGUACAGGCCGGGGGCCCCUGAGAAAUGUCAUGGCGGCUGCCGCUGCGCGCUGGAACCACGUGUGGGUUGGCACCGAAACAGGGAUCCUGAAAGGGGUGAACCUUCAGCGCAAACAGGCGGCGAACUUCACGGCUACUGGACAGCCGCGACGCGAGGAGGCGGUGAGCGUCCUGUGCUGGGGCUCGAGCGGCGAGACCCAGGUACUGGUGGGCUGCGCGGACGGGACGGUGAAGCACUUCAGCACUGAGGAGGGCAUAUUCCAGGGCCAGAGGCACUGCCCCGGCGGGGAGGGCACGUUUCGGGGCCUCGCCCAGGCCGACGGCAACCUCAUCACAUGUGUGGACUCUGGGAUUCUUCGAGUCUGGUGUGACAAUGACAAAGAGGCGUCCUCCGACCCACUCCUGGAGCUGAAGGUGGGCCCCGGAGUAUGUAAGAUGCGCCAAGACCCAGCACACCCCCAUGUGGUUGCCACUGGUGGGAAGGAGAAUGCGUUGAAGGUGUGGGACCUGCAGGGGUCUGAGGAACCUGUGUUCAGGGCCAAGAACGUGCGGAAUGACUGGCUUGACUUGCGGGUUCCCAUCUGGGAACAGGACAUACAGUUCCUCCCUGAAUCACAGAAGCUUGUUACCUGUACAGGGUACCACCAGGUCCGUGUCUAUGAUCCAUCCUCCCCCCAGCGCCGGCCAGUCCUUGAGGCCACCUAUGGAGAAUAUCCACUGACAGCCAUGACCCUCACUCCUGAGGGCAAUUCGGUGAUUGUGGGGAACACGCAUGGGCAGCUGGCAGAAAUUGACCUUCGGCAAGGGCGCCUCCUAGGCUGUCUAAAGGGGCUGGCAGGCAGUGUCCGAGCGUUGCAGUGCCACCCUUCAAAGCCCCUGUUAGCCUCCUGCGGCCUGGAUAGAGUCUUGAGGGUGCACAGGAUACGGAACCCACGGGGUCUGGAGCAUAAGGUUUAUCUCAAGUCUCGGCUGAAUUGCCUCCUUCUGUCGGGCAGGGACAACUGGGAGGAUGAGCCCCAAGAGCCUGAAGAACCCGACAGGGUGUCCCCAGAAGACACAGAGACGGAUGAACUUUGGGCUUCCUUGGAGGCGGCUGCAAAGCGGAAGCUCCCUAAUUUCAAGCAGAGCCAAGGGGCCCAACAAGCCAGGCAAAGAAAGAGACCUAGAUCCACCAGUCCCUGAAGAUCCUGUACCCACUUUGUAAAUAAACAUCCCAGCACCCGC